UGAAACGAGUUAUUUUAAAAGUUAACACGAAACUUCCAAGGUUAUCUAGACCAUCUUCAUAUACAGCAAGGAAACCUUCAUUUUUAUCGAAUUCGACUAAUAGCUUCGAUGAUAUUGAAACCGAUCCUUCUUCGAUUGUACAAGAAAAAUCAUCUAAUAAAGAGAAUUUAAUGGAAGCAAAUGAUCAACUUGAACAUUUGGAAACGUCCAAAGAUAACUUUAUUAAAAACGAAUAUACAGCUGAUGAUAAUGAUAAUCAAGAAGCUCCCGUAUUAAUGCGUAAUAUUGCGAAGACAAUGUCAUCAUCCACCACAAAGACGCAAAAGACGAAUGUGAUCGCAGCAGCAGCAAAAUCAUUACCAAAGAAUUUUAUACGUUCGUUACGAGGUGAUACAUCGAGAAAAGAAAAUGAUAAACCGCCAAUUAUUACGUUGAUCACGACACCUUCGUUAUCACCACCGGUCGUUAGUCAGUUUUCUUACACAUCAUCAUCAACAACAACAGUUAUUGAAAAAAAAAAGAAAAAUCGACGUUCGAGGAGUGAAAGUAUUUCGAUGACAGCACAAGCUUUAUCGAAUAUGUUAAAACGAAGGUCAAAACAUCGGUCUGGUUCAAACGAUUCUAAUUUAAUAAGGAACGAUAAUAAUGGUGGAACACCUGCGUUGACUUAUGAAAGUUUUCCUGAUCCCGAUCCCGAUGAUUUUUUCAAUGUUUAUUCAUGGGAUAUACCGGAUUCUAUCGUUUCAAUGGAAGAUGCUGGUGGUGUGUUGCAAAUGAUUGAAUAUGACGGAAUAUUUGUAAAUGGCGUAAAAGUUGAUUAA